AUGGCUGGUGCAAUCGUCCGGGAACAAACUAUAGAAGAACGUUACGGGAUUCCCGAGAAUUUUCUAGAGGUUGAGGUCAGAAACCCUCAUACUCAUGGUUUUGGACGCAAGCUAUAUACAGAUUAUGAAAUUGUCUGCAGGACAAAUAUACCAGCAUUCAAAAUGAAGCAAUCCUUGGUCCGUAGACGCUACAGAGAUUUCGAAUGGUUCAGGGACGUCUUGGAACGUGAAUCAACACGAGUGACCAUUCCUUCUCUUCCCGGAAAGGUCUUUACCAAUCGUUUCUCCGAUGAUGUGAUUGAGCAGCGUCGUGAAGGAUUAGAACGGUUUUUGCAAAUUGUGGCAGGACAUCCUCUUUUACAGACCGGCAGCAAGGUCCUUGUUGCAUUCAUUCAAGAUCCAAACUUUUCUCGUGAAGCAUAUCAGUACUAG